UGGCGCGCGUAUUUUUAUUCGAGGCAGGCCAUGGAUCCAAAAACCCAACUCCGGAUAAGGCGGUCCGACAAGCUUGAAGAAGCGACGACGAUGGCGGAGCACCAGCACAGCGCGCUCCUCGACGACUUCCUCGACCCGGACGAGGAGAAGACGAAUGAGGCCGACCUCAUGUCCUGGCCCAACCAAGUGCAUGAGCUCGACAGCGCGUUCUCGUCCUUCAUCCUCGACCCGCAGCUCAACUCGGCGUCGCCGUCCGUGACCAUGUCGCCGUCGACGCUCGCCUGGCUGCAGCAGUCGCUUGGCUCGGGCACGCUCUCGGCCCACUCGCAGUCCGAACAAGAUGCACUGCUUCACCUCUUCUCGCCAUACACGAUGCCGAGCCCGCGCGAGACCGAGUUCCGUGGCGGCGGCAUCGACUGGAAAGUGCUCAAUGAAGCCAUCGACGAGGAGGCGCCGACGCAGUGGAAGGAGAUCCCGCAGAGCCGGCUGCACCCCGAUAUGAUCCCGCCGGCCACAUCGCCGGCCACCUCGUUGCCCAACAGCAUGGCGUCGGCGGCGUCCGCGACCGCAGCGUCCUUGAUGUCAAUGACCUUGCAAGACCCGUCGUCGCUACCCAAGAUGCUCAAGACGACGGCCAUGUCCAUGUGGCCGCUCAACCGCUUCCAGCAACAGACGAGCGCAGAGCAGCAGUCGCCGUCGCAGCAGCCGCUACCCAUGCCCGACGUCCUACCGCCGUCGAUCCCUCCUGCCCACCCGUACUCUCUGGACGCAGGCAAGCGCCGCAUGCUCGUCUCGCCCGAGUUUGAGCAAUUUGAAGCCGCGGGUCCCGUCGUGGCGCGACGACCGUCCAAGAAGCCACCCGCUGAGGCCGUCGACAUCAAGGCUGAGGUCAAGAAGCCAGUUGAUUUUGACGACACCAAGUCGGUGGCAUCGACGGCCAAGGCGCCCGAAGACGUACGCUGUCGGUGCACGGGCAAGUGCCGGAACGCCCGCUGCGCCUGCGUCAAGGCCGGCCGGGUCUGUGGUGUCGACUGCAAGUGCCAAGAGUGCUCCAACCCGUUCGUGCCUAUGCACAAGAAAGGCAUCCAAAUCGAAAAGAUGAUCCACGACAAAUGCCUCAUGCAAAAUUUGAGCAAGAUCCGGAGCAUGGAAGACAUUCUCAUGGGCCCCGUCGAGAUUGACUGCAGCUGCGGCACCCACCGCACGUGCCACGUGUACGAGACGCUGCUGCAGCCCGAACUCAAGCCCGAUGGCACGUAUGCAUUUCCCGUCUCGUGCACGGCGUGCGAUGCGACGUUCCACUACUCGUGGUGCACCAACAAGGUCUGGUCCAGCAAGCAGCCGCGCAAACACUGUGAAAUUUGCAAGCGGUGCGGGUCCCACCGCAGCCAGCACUGCCAUGUCUGCAACCAUUGCUACUUUGCCGGUGUCGCCAACAGUUUUUCAUGCCCGUGCCAGUCGCCCGCGAAUGCCGCGCCGCCCUCGGAGCUCGACGAUACCGAGUCGAUCGCAAGCAAUCUCUCGCUGCCGUUCAACGAGCCCAUCAAGUCAGAGGCCGAUGAGAAGGACGACGACGAGCAGUGCCCCGUGCAGUGAGUCGUGCUUGAUUUGAUAUUUGGCCCUUGGUUUGGUUGCUCUUGUUGCGUGAACGUUCUUGUUUCACCGUACCUACGUGUCCUUGUGCCUGGCUCAACACGAAGCGUCGGAGCAUGCAACCACAUCGGCCGUCGAUGACAUACCGCCGUGGGCGGACUGGGAAAGCUGCAUGACCACACACGAGCGGACCUAUACAUC